GUCAAGACCAAAAAGACGCAGGCGUCGAAAAGAGUAUGACCUAGGCCUUUAUUAAUAUUAUUAUAAGCUUGUAAAGUCACAGUUGAAAGCAGUAUUCUUGGGAGGAACAAGUGUGAAAUAAUUGGUAAUCAAAGUCAUAUCUCCUAGACAUUACCCAGUGUUUACGCUAGAGUACAGUAUUUCCCAGAAUCCUACUAUCCAAUUGUCUAGAAGAGGAAAGAAUCAUCUCCUUACAGGUUUCUUUUUAAAUCUCUCACAAGGGUUCUCCAGUGUGUAAUAUCCAACCAUUGUCAGGGAAAGGGAAGCAUCAUCUCCUUGCAGAACACAGUAACAAGAUGAAUGGAGGCUACCUGUACAUGUAUACAGUUUCUACCAGAUACAAGAAAUCAGUGUGAUCAGACUAAUGGUGAACUGUUCGACCAUACAAGAGAGAGAGAUUUGUAAAGGAUUCAGUACUCAGUGUAAAGAGAGAUCUCCCUGACAGAGGAAAUCCACACCGGAGUCUGUUUUAAAACACCAGGAUAAAGAAAUAGAUGUCUGCUGUAAAUAAUGUAUAGAGGAGUGUACCAGAAAUCUGUCAGAGUGAGAGGUGUUAGUCGUGGUCUUCACAUUUCCCGUGUUACAUCAGACCGGGUCUGGAUCAGUGAUGAUAAAGGCAAUCUUAUACUGACAAACACUAAAGGGGAAGAACUAGAUCGUGUGACAGAUAGAGGUAGUGAUGUGGGAGGACACAGUGUAAACCGUGAGUGUGAUCUAAUCUACAUAGACAGUGAAUCAAACAUCAAUAAACUGUCUACAGAGAACAAAGAAAAGACUACGAUAAUAAAGUACAACACAGCACCAUGGAGACCAGUGUGUGUCUACAGCUCCCCCUCCACUGGAGACCUGCUGGUCGGGAUGUAUAGAGGUGAUACAAAGACAGGCAAGGUAGUGCGGUAUAAUUCCACAGGAGAAAACAUCCAGACCAUACAGCACGACAACAACACAGGUCAGGGACUGUAUGGCUGGCCUACCUACAUCACAGAGAACCACAAUGGAGAUGUUAUUGUGUCUGACUUAGUCUGUGUAGUGGUGACAGAUCGUGACGGUAAUUACCGAUUCUCCUACACAGGUCAUACAUCAGUAUUUGGACUAUGGCCAGGUGGAAUCUGUACUGACGCGCUGUCACACAUCCUGGUGUGUGAUGAUUGGACCGAGUCAGUACAGAUGUUAGAUAGUGAGGGUCACUAUCUGACAGAGAUAGACACAUCACAACACGGGAUAGACAAACCAUGGGGCCUGAGUUAUGAUGAGGACACACAACUACUGUGGGUAGGGGCAGAGAACAACAACACAGUCAACCUAUACAGAGUAGUAGAUACACACUCUCUGACUGGACUCCCUGUGGAGGACAUCAAAUGUAGAAAACAUCCCAGAAUUCCCCUGGACCAGUUCUGUACCCCGUGUGGUGUCCUCUUGUGUGUGAAAUGUACCAGGUCUGAGGGUCACAGCAGACAUGACCUUAUAGAUAUAGAGACAUUGUUUGACAACAUUCACAGAAUAGAAGAUGGAGAUACACUUUUGAUGUGCCUUCUUCUUUCCAAUUCUUACAAAAUAAACAUGAAAGAAGUAAACUGGAUGACCAAAUAUAAUGCUGUUGCCGAAAGAUUUCUUUCCAAGGAAGUCACAAAGACAUUUGCUCUAACAGAUUUAGAAAAAUACAAACCAAUCCUGAAACUCAGUGAAUCAGAGAUAAGUUUUUCCAAUGAGCUCUUCAAAAAUAUCAGUUUCCUGAAGUUCUUAGAGAGUUCUGGCUUUACUGAAGUUUUCUUGACUGGGGCAGAGAAAGAAAACGUAGCUGAGUACUGUAGAUCAUGGAAUUAUCGGAGAAGAGAAGAUGAGGUUUGCUGUUGGUUACUGCCAGAUAAAAAUGAGGAAUUUUUAAAACGUCUUGGAGAAGACAUUUUCACGCACCCAACAAUGGAGGACCAGUCAUUCCAUGAAGUUGUAUUUAAGAAAGUAGGAAUACCAAUGCAGAUCAUCUUAAGGGGAGAUAAAUCUGUGAAGAAUUUCAUUGAGAAUUUAAAAAAAGGGAAGACAACCAUGUUCCAUGCCUCUGGAAUGAUAAUAGGGUGUGCUGGUAGUGGUAAAACCACAUUGUUAGAGAGACUGAAGGGCAUUGACCUGGAAGAAAUAAAGAAAAAUAUCAGUUCAACCAGAGGAGUCGAUAUCCACACAGAUGUCUUUGAUGUGAAGGAUAGCAUCCAAGGUAUUCUUUAUUCAUUGUCUUCAUUGAUUGUGAUGAAUACAUGUAUUACUAAAUUGUAUGAUGGAAUUGGAUCAUGGAUCAUUUCACUAGAGUCAUAUUAA